UGUUUAAUUGCUUACAGUUACUGGAUUGAUGUUAUGUAAUGUCGGUGGUUGCUAAGUAACGUUAAAGACAAUUGAAUUCGCGCGUCCUGUGCACGUCAUAGACGAACUCACUCGUAUCUGGUCAAACGUUUGUUUGCGAGUACAGUGACACGUGACUCUACAUUACUUGCAUCACUUUCUCAAAGCGAUUUAUUGUCGACAUCAUGGGACACAUGUUCAGUCUUUUGAUGUCUAGAAGACCAUCAAGCAGCGGAUCACUGGACAAUGAACCUGCACGCAAAAUUCUCAAUGUUCAGCUGGAUAAAGACUCAUCAGCCUCAUCCCAAUCUGAAGAGUCUCCGGAGAACCUUCAGGACCCAGAGGACAAAAAUCUAGAGGUGCUUCCAGCGAAAUCUUUGCAGAGGAAGGAUAGUCAUGUUUUCCUGUUGAUCAAGGCAAUGCCACCAUGUCUGCCGAAGCUAGCGGGUCUUCCAAAGUACCCCAUCAUUUUGCAAAAGAUGAAUGAAAACAGGCUGCAAGUGGGUCCAAGCAUCGCUAGAAGACCCCAGCCUAAAAUUCCAUCAAGCAGAGGAUCACUGGACAAUGAAGUGCACCGACUACCUGCACCCAAAAUUCUCAAUGUUCAGCUGGAUAAAGACGUCCAGCUAAAGAAGUCGUCUCUUGAUUGGCGGCCCAGCGUCAACAAAGAGGUGACAAGCAGUCAAGUUUCAAAGGACAAGAAAACUGAGGAACUUGUGUGGAGCUUCAGGAGCAUCCUCAACAAGUUGACCCUCGAGAAGUUUUACCAGCUGAUGGUGAAGGUGAAUAAGCUGCGGAUCAACACGAUGGUGCGUAUCAGGCAUGUCGCCCAGCUGGUGCGUGAGAAAGCCAUCUCUGGUCCCAGCUUCUCUGUCAUGUACAGCAGUAUGUGCAGAAAUAUGGCAAACUUAAAAAACCCCUCAAAACCAUCCAAACCAAGGUCGUCCUUCAAGUCAAUUCUGCUCCGAUUCUGCUUAGGGCAGAUUGACAAAGACCAAGAAAAAGAGAACAGCUUUGCCAUCAAACAGAAGGAGAUGGAGGCUGCACCAAAUGUAUGGGUACCACGAAGGGCAAAUCUGGGUCCCAAGAGCAUCAACCAGAUCCAUGAGGAGGCUAAGAGGGAAGAGGAGAUAGAACAGCAGAAAGUCAGCCUUCCGCUGUUCAAGGAGUUGAAGAAAGAAGAUGAAAGCCCCCUCUCAUUAAGACCACUGAGUCCAUCAUUCUUCUCUCCGGCACCAAUAAAGAGGGAAAAACAACCAGAGCUGCCCCGGAUCUCAUCUCCAGCCCUAUCUGAGGAUUCUGGUUUGGGGGAAGCGAUACCAGAGCUUCCCCUGUCCCAGAUCCCACCCUCAGCCUCAUCCCAAUCUGAAGAGUCUCCGGAGAACCUUCAGGACCCAGAGGACAAAAAUCUAGAGGUGCUUCCAGCGAAAUCUUUGCAGAGGAAGGAUAGUCAUGACUUCCUGUUGAUCAAGGAAAUGCCACCAUGUCUGCCGAAGCUAGCGGGUCUUCCAAAGUACCCCAUCAUUUUGGAAAAGAUGAAUGAAAACAGACUGCCAGUGGGUCCAAGCAUCGCUAGAAGACCCCAACCUAAAAUUCCAUCAAGCAGAGGAUCACUGGACAAUAAAGUGCACCGACUACCUGCACGCAAAAUUCUCAAUGUUCAGCUGGAUAAAGACGUCCAGCUAAACAAGUCAGCAUUUGCUUGGAGGCCCAGGAUCCAUAAAGAGGUGACAAGCAGUCAAGUUUCGAGGGACAAGAAAACUGAGGAACUUGUGCGGAGCUUUAGGAGCAUCCUCAACAAGUUGACCCCCGAGAAGUUUGACCAGCUGAUGGUGAAGGUGAAUGAGCUGCAGAUCAACACGAUUGAGAGUAUCAGGCUUGUCGCCGAGCUGGUGCAUGAGAAAGCCAUCUCUGAGCCCAGCUUCUCUGUCAUGUACAGCAGUAUGUGCAGAAAUAUGGCAAACUUGAAAGAGCCAUCCAAACCAAGGUCGUCCUUCAAGUCAAUUCUGAUCCAACUCUGCUUAGAGAAGAUUGACAAAGACCAAGAAAAAGAGGACAGCUUUGCCAUCAAACAGAAGGAGAUGGAGGCUGCACCAGCUGGUGAACAGGAAAUACUUAGACAAGAGCUUGCAGAGACCAAGGCGAAAGCUAGAAGACGCUCCAUUGGAAACGUCAACUUCAUCGGGGAGCUCUUCAAACAGAAAAUGUUGAAUGAGACCAUCAUAAAAGAGUUUCUCACCAAAUCAUUGAAACGACACGACGAUGAGACACUUGAGUCCGUCUGCAAGCUACUCACCACCGUGGGUAAAGAACUGGACGUCGGGGAGGGAAAGAUUAAAAUGGACAAGUACAUUCACCAGAUGGAAACGUUGGUGAAGGAGCGCAAAACACCAACACGGAUCCGGUUCAUGAUGCAGGACGUCAUAGACCUCAGACUUAAUGUAUGGAUACCACGAAGGGCAAAUCUGGGUCCCAAGACCAUCACCCAGAUCCAUGAGGAGGCUAAGAGGGAAGAGGAGAUGGAACAGCAGAAGGUCAGCCUUCCACUGUUCAAGGAGUUGAAGAAAAAAGAUGAGAGCCCCAUCUCAUUAAGACCAAAGAAUCCAUGGUUCUUCGCCCCAAACACCCAAUCAAACAACUAGCACUCAUCUGCCCCUUCGUCCCCUGCCCCACCCAAGGAACCUAUCUAUUCUGCCCCACCUCACAGUAGACCCCACUGGAGAACCUAAACCUAAAACCCCCAAAAAAAGAUUUGAAUUUUUAUUACUUAUAAGGCAACUGUUUUAAAAAAAACAAUUCCCCCCCAAAACCCAACCUAACCUUACCCUCUGUAGUCUUUACAUGAAUUUAAAAAAAAAUAUUACUUGAACACGUUUCACGUAACGUAACACGUUUUUUCUGCUAUCCAUGUUGUGCAUUAUAAAAAAUUAGGUAUUAAAACUGAGCAUCAGAAAAAUUGCCAGGGAUUUCACAGAAAUACUUUUAAUCAAUGUUUGAAGUCAAAUAUGACGUCAUGUUUUAGAUAGUUGUGCAUUAUAAAAAAAGAAUAUUUUCACCAUAAAAUCACAGUUAAACUUUUAGAGUGCAAUAAAACCUUAUGACCUAAUAAAAGAAUAAAAAUGAAUGUAUGAAACAACAUGUUUGUUCUUGUG